CAACGCGAGCCACCCAAACGGAGGGAGCUCGCCCUUCCUUCCACGCGCCGAAAUGCUGGCCGCCACCGCCGCCUGCCGCGCGCCGGCGCGGCCGCUCCCCGCCGCGCGACCCGGCAGCAGCUACCUCCUCGGGAGCGUCCUUCUCCCCAAACGGACAGCGCCGGCGGCGAGGAGGAGGGGACGGAGCGCGGCGGUGCGGUGCGGGCUGCUCCCCGUAGACCCGUGGGCGCCCGGCGUCGACUCCCAGAGCAUCGCGUCGCAGCUCUUCGCCGUGUCGCUGUUCCCCUACCUGGGGUUCCUCUACUUCAUGACCCGGUCCAAGACGGCGCCCGGGCUCACGCUCUUCGGCUUCUACUUCCUCCUCGCCUUCGUCGGCGCCACCGUACCUGCUGGGAUAUAUGCCAAAGUUCAUUACGGGACCUCGCUUUCAAAUGUGGAUUUGCUGCAUGGGACGGCGGAAUCGCUUCUCACCCUUACCAAUCUAUUCAUUGUGCUUGGGCUGAGGGGAGCCUUGAGGAACCUGGACAAAGCAGAGGAGAGCAGUCCUGAAGCUCCUCAGGACAGCAAGGAGAAGAGUUCAGUAUAGGUACUCUCACCAGUUCCCCCAAAUGGUGCUUGUAAAUCCCUGAGAACCUUUUCCUGGUGCAUCUAGUGAUGACAUUGUACUGUAGUGAGUGUACAUUUCUGUUGCUCAACUAGCUUAUGAAGCCCCUGAUGCUGUAAUAAACUGCACAGACUGGCUUUGUGCAUGUGCUGAUCCAUAAUACUACUCUCUCUGUAAGGAGGGAGUAUAUUGCA